GACGCGACACGCGCUGGUGGGCGCGCGCACCGCCGCCCUCUUCCUGCUGGUGUGGAGAAGGACGCGGCGUUCCAGCGCCUGCUGCAGGAGGGCGUCACGCGCGCGUCGGCCCCUGCGUCCUCCUCACGAGGUCAUAAUGGCAAGGGCUACCCGGACACGCUGGUGCGCGUGCUGUUGAACCGCCUGUGGGAGCUGCUGCGGCUGCCUACCCUGCUGCUCAUGGACGCCGACCCGCACGGCAUAGAAAUCAUGGCGACCUACAGGUGGGGCUCCAAGGUAAGCAAUUGGAACCCCUUGGGAACACGGGAGAGCCCAAAGGGGCUAUUUGAACUAGAAACAUUAGGAAGAGGCGCCGGCGGGCAAGAAAGGAGGGGAGUGAAGCUGGGCUGCUCUGAAGGGAACCUCGGUGGUUGGGGUCGUAGUCGUAGGGGUCUUGCUCUGCUUCUGAGGAGUGGGAAAGAGGCUGUUGAGUACAAGACGUGUAAAAUAUUAGGUUCGAUGUGGAGAACGUUGGUUUUAAGGCGAUGUAGGAUGGUUGUACAUGAGGAUGGUUGA